AUGUCCGGUUACCAUCAUCCUACGCGGGGAGCAGGAAAAGAGCCUGCUGGUGCAAUGAAAGCGGAGAGAUCGACUGACCAGAAAAGAGGGGAGGGUGGUGUCGAACAACCGACUCCAGGAGGUCAUUGCAGCAACCACCAGGCAGCGAUCCUCGACCCUCCCGUGCCCGCCGCCAUCGCCAUCGCCGCUCGAAGCGACGCAGUGGCAGCAACGGGCGCCGAUCCCCGGGCGUCCGAGUCGGCAACGUUGGAAGUGAGCAGCACGACGGGCAUGCGUAAAGGGCUCAGCAGCGGCGACUACGCCGGCACCGACGACUUCCCAGGUCUCGACGACGACUACGAUGACGUUGACGACGACGAGGAACGGGAGUCGGUGGCUAGACGCAUGGCUAAGCGACUCAGCAACGGCGACUAUACCGACGACUCGCUCGACGACGACUCUUACGGCCACGAUGACGAGUGGAGCGAGCGUCUGGACGUGAUCCCUCCGGCCCGCGGUCGGAACGAGGAUGGCGGCACACGACGACGCGAGGGGGCGGGCACGAAGCGCAAGGCCGAGAACCUCGACGACUGCGACGACAAAGACGACGACGACGAAGGCGGCGCCGGCACAGACUUGUUCGACAGCGAGAGCGCCUUUCAGGUCGCGUGCCACCUCGUCGAGAUGCAGGACCGUGUCGAGGCGCAAGAGACGCUGCGGCGUCGCGAGCGUGAGAGGAAGAAGCGGAUCACGCAGUGGAUCCAAUCGGCACACGCGCUCGCACCCGCCGCCGCCGCCGCCACCGCCAUCGCUGCUGCCGCUUCCUUGCGCGACGUCGACGCCGUCGAUGACGAGGAAGCGGCGUCGAUAUCGCAGAGCGGCAUCUCGCGACUCUCUUCUGCGCCGCUGAGACGUUCGUACCCCUCCGACGACGAAGACGGGGUGGAUCCGGCAACGCAACGGAUGCUGGACACGCUCCUCAAGGCGUCUUGCGACAUGGAGGGGCUGUGCGCCUUUGUCAAGGACAGCGAGAAGCGGCGCGAGGCAUCGAGGCAGCGCGAGCACCGCGCGAGCCUCGCCAUCGAGCGGCUGCGCGACCGACGCAUCCAGAUCCAGGACCAGAGGAUCACGCGGCUCGAAGACGACACCGAACGCGUCAAGGAGGCCGUACUCGCCGUCAACUCGACCCUCGUCGACUGGAUGAAGGCCCAGGAUGAGUUUCGAGGCCAGAUGAGGCUCGUCAUGCAGACCGUCCAGGAGCGGGCUGCCUCGUCGGCGGCGGCGGUGGUGAUGCAGCCGUCUAGCCCGACGUUGCAGAAUUGA